AUGGGUGACAAGAAUUUGAAGGCUUAUCAGAUAAAGCAGUCCACAUGGAAUGCAGUGCGUCCACGCGUCACAUCUCUCACUUCUCUCGGGCCCUCGCUCACCGCUGAACAAUCUCAUCCGUUCAAUAUCUCAUCGAAUCUAAAUCCAACAAUUCUCACACUUCAACUCCAAAAUCUUGGGUGA